CACAGCAAAUCUGACCGCCGUUAUUUUCACAGCAAUACCAAACUGCCUGAGUCAUAUAACUCGCGACCCCAACCGAAGCUGCCGCUGCAUCUUCUCUCUUACGGCUGAUUGCUUAUUGCUGAUUGCUUCUGCUUUUAAUUAAAUACUCAAUUUAAUUUUCUUUCUUUGAAUCGUUGCUGCUUGUGUCGUUGGGCUGCGUACAAGUUGAACUCUGCUCCAGCUUCCAGGGCGAGUAGGUAGGGAAUCCAUCUUCAUGGCAUCGUAUUCGUCGAGAGAUGAUAAGCCAGAAAUUGCUGAUCGGGAUGCUAAGGAGAAGAAAUCUGACAAGAAGAAGAAGGAGGGAGAGAAUGAUGAGGAUGAUGAGGGUGGAUUUAUCGAUAGGGUGAAGGAUUUCAUUCAUGACAUUGGAGAGAAGAUCGAGGGAGCAAUUGGGUUCGGGAAGCCAACAGCGGAUGUUACUGCGAUUCACAUCCCUAGCAUCAAUCUCGAGAAGGCGGAGAUCGUGGUGGAUGUGCUGAUCAAGAACCCAAAUCCAGUGCCCAUCCCUCUCAUCGACAUUAACUACUUGAUCGAAAGUGAUGGCAGGAAACUGGUCUCUGGCUUGAUCCCGGAUGCCGGAACAAUCCAUGCCCACGGAGAAGAGACUGUCAAAGUUCCAGUCCACUUGGUAUACGAUGACAUCAAGAACACCUACGAUGACAUCAAGCCUGGAAGCAUCAUUCCUUACAGGUUCAAGGUCGAUCUCAUUGUCGAUGUCCCUGUUCUCGGCAGACUCACUCUCCCCCUCGAGAAAACUGGAGAAAUCCCUAUCCCUUACAAACCCGAUGUCGAUAUUGAGAAGAUCAAGUUUCAAGCCUUCUCCUUCGAAGAAACCGUUGCAGUCCUCCAUGUGAAGCUGGAGAACAUGAAUGACUUCGACUUAGGCCUCAAUGCUCUCGACUACGAGAUUUGGCUCUCUGAAGUCAACAUUGGCUGCGCGCAGCUCUCCCAAUCUGCGAAUCUUGCUAAAAAGGGUGUCACUUUCAUUGAGCUUCCCAUCACCUUUAGGCCUAAGGAUUUUGGGUCUGCGCUCUGGGAUAUGAUUCGGGGAAAGGGUACCGGCUACACCAUCAAAGGCAAUAUCAAUGUGGACACGCCCUUUGGAGCCAUGAAGUUGCCCAUCGUCAAGGAGGGUGGCACUACACGCCUCAAGAAGAACAAGGAAGAUGGCGGUGAUGACGAUGACGAGGAUGAGGACUAGACAGGGAUUUGGCUUGAACAGUUAAACUUGUUGCUGUUGUCUGUUUAUCUGUACUGGUAUUUUAAAAUAAUAGAUAAAUAGGCACUUGAACUUGAGGUAUUAUAGCUUCUGGUUGGGGGAGAAAUUGAUAUGAUUGUUACCGUAUAAUUGUUAUGUUUGGAUAGUAAUACACA